AUGCCGGAAAUGAAAGGAAAAUAAAUGUUAUAUCAGUUGUGUCGGUGUUGGUCACACAAAUAUUUUGCGUUUCCUUCCUCCAUGGUUUAUUAAGCCUGGAGGUCAUACAGAGUUCCACAAGCUACCAGCAUAGCAGUCUGGUCGAAAUAUGAAGGAUCCAGUCAUUUCCUGUAGCCUGGGGCUCCUAGUAGUACUGGCAUAUCUACAGAUACACGUUGUUUCAACAUUGAAAUGCUACACGUGCACCAACUUGGUAGCCAGCAACAACAACUUAGGAGUUUUGCAAUCGAACGACGCAUGCGCAGGUGCGACCUUUGACCCAGACAACGUUGGCCAGAAAGAGUGUGGAACCAACUUCGGGCAGACAGCCAUGUGCGAGAAGUGGGAAGGGAAGUUCACUGUUAACGUUCCUCUUGUUGGGAAUACCGAAAUCAGCGGCCAGGUUCGAGGGUGCUCCAUUGUCCCAAUCGGUGAAUUGGUAGAUGGCUGCGCUAAGUCCACAGAGCUGAAAGAUGUUGCCAAGACAGCCGUGGGAUUCAUUACAUCAUUGUUCAGUGUCGAUGGGGUGGAGGGGACGUACUGCUCCUGUGAAGGCCGAGACUACUGCAAUUUGGCCCCCGGUUUGUCCAGUGCUGGCACAAUGCUAGUUGUGAUCAGUCUUGUGUUUCAUCAAGCCUUUAUGUCACUUGUACUGUAAAUAUGUUAAGUGUAACAUCCUUAGUGAUUAGAAACGUCCGAUAUUACGUCAACAGAAUGUUUUUAUACAUUUUGGUUUGCCACGAGUGGCUUGCCAAGUUUACAUUCCGUUGUCUAUAAUGCAGCCGUGCACGCGUUCCAUUUACCAUUUUGUAAAAAAUUUCUAUAUAUAAUCAAAGGUAUGCAGCGAUUUGAAUGUUUGAUACUUCUUCAUUUUUGAUACUUCCCUCAUGCCAGGGUUUUCAACUACAUACAUUUUUUACCUGAUUAUUAGUGGCUCAGCGGCGUACGGCAAACGUACAGCUGCAAGGACACUCGUUUCGAGCCUUGUUUAAAAGUCUAUGACAGAAGUAGAGAAGAUGAGACAAAAAUCAGUUUAAACGGUUGAACUGACUGCAUGCCUGCGUGAAAAAAAGUUCCUCUAUUAAAAGACGUGUCUCAAAUGCGACACUGGUAAAAAGUUUAGUUCAUAACGGCAAAAAAGUUGAAUAUAACUCCGCUCACUUGAAAGGAUAAGUUCAAGUAUUUUGUUUUCUUUCUUGAUAAUCAUCCUGUGUGUACCAUACACUUACCAUUAAAUGUUCCAAGCAGCAACCUCACAAUUUUUGUUCACACGCUCGUGAGUGAUUGUGUAUGGGUAUGGAUGCUCGCUCCCAUACUCUGGAAAUAUACUCAAAUUUGACUAGAAAACAGUCGAACUUCUCCCCAGAUACCUGUAGCAUCUGUAUAGACAGCUGACUACAGACAGUCUUCUGGUCAAAUCUACACUGUGAAAAACACAUAGGCCUAUAGUUAGAUUCGACCAAAAAACAUUCAAACUUGUAGGCGCUAUGCAGCUGACUACAGCUUGGGUUAGCUGGGUGUAACUUUGACUUGUCAAAUUUAACUAGAGUGUUUUCAUAACAGAGUGAUAUAGGCUUUUCGUUUUAGUGCAAGACUUUGUUUUGAGAUUUUUUGAGAACUUCGCACGUGUGUGUGGAGAAGUUCGUUUUUCAAGAUUUGUCAUGUUAAUAAGGGGCCAGCACCGGAAGUUUUCAAACGGCCGUGACAGUUAGAAUAGCGGGGUGGUUGAGGUGUUAACCUCAGGGGUCGCUGCUCAUAAUGUGCGCUUUGAAAAUCCGCAUCCCCCCCCCCUCCGUCACCUUCUUUCUGGCAGUUAAUAUUGAGAAGCUUAUGCUUAAUCACCAAAAUCAUAAAUAGCCUACCUGAGGCAGUUCGCUCAUUCCUAAUAGUACAUGGUCGAGAGCCAGUCAGUGAGGUGGUUUUAAUCACUCUUCACGCAAUCGGCGAUGAUAUUAAAACCGGCCCUUGAAAAAUGACAAUAUAUUUCUGCUUUGCAGAAUUGUUUGAAGUUUUGGGGAAGUUAGUAGUUGAUAAAACAACUUAUUUUACGUCGGACCAUUAUCGGCGACCACGCCCCAAACCGGU